AUGCAGGCUUCUUUGUUUAUAUGGUUGUCUCUAUGCGUGGUAGGUGUUGAGUGUGUAUAUAUAUAUUUUAACAUUAUAUUCAGCCAUCUUCGUGACACUGUUAUAAACACUUUAGCAUUUAAGCCACCUAGUAAGCGUGGUUAUUUAUUAGCUAGUGACGGUACGUUUUUAUUGGACCAUAAAUUAUGGCCGUCUGUUUCUGUGAACAAGGCUUUAUCUGCACAUGGUCUUGUGUGUGAUCACACAUUUUUAUCUGGUAAGCGUGGUAAGCGUAUCUCAUCGAUAUAUUUGCGUCAUACUGAUAGUUCUGUAUCAGUUUGUGUUCCUCGUUUGUUAAUUAUCUUCAGUCAUGGUAACAGCACUGACCUUGGUUAUAUGUUUACGUGUUACGUGAACCUUUGCAGGUGUCUUGAUGUGGAUGUAUUUGCUUAUGAUUACAGUGGUUACGGUUUAUCUGAGGGUAAAGUUGGUGAGAAGAACAUGUAUAGGGAUAUUGAGUACGUGUAUGAUUAUGUGCGUAACGAGCUUGAUGUAUCUCCUGAGAAUAUAAUUUUGUAUGGUAAUUCUUUAGGUUCUGCGCCGUCAUGUUACCUUGCUAGUAUGCCGGAUAAAUAUCCUAUUGGUGGUUUAAUAUUGGAUGCUCCAUUAGCUUCUGCUAUUAGGUUACAAUUGCGUAAUCUUUCUAAGACUCCUCGUUUUGAUGCAUUUGUGAACGUUGAGUUUUUGAAAGCUAAGGAUUUGUAUCCUACAUUGAUAAUCCAUGGUACAUCGGAUGGUGUGAUCCCUAUAGACCAUGCGAUUGAGUUGGCGUCUAUAGUUGAGUGUCGUCACCGUGAUUUGUUAUCGAGUUGUUCUGUUGAUCCUGGUACUUUUGUAUCUGCACCAUUUAGUUUUCGUGAUAGUUGUAUUGAUUUAGUAAAGACUCCUGAGGAUUAUUUGCGUACUUGGUGGGUUUCUGGUGCUGGUCACAACAACAUCCAAAUUGACAAUUCUGAGGCUUACAUUCGUACAAUGAAAACAUUUAUAGAGUUAUGUAGAUCAUGGAGAUGUAUGUAA